UAGGCAUGCAGACUGCUUCUACAAACAUUUGUGAAAGAAUGGGUCGCUCUCAGGAGCUCAGUGAAAUCAAACGUGGUACCGUGAUAGGUUGCCACCUGUGCAAUAAGUCCAUCCGUGAAACUUCCUUGCUAUUAAAUAUUCCAUGAUCAACUGUUAGUGGUAUUAUAACAAAGUGGAAGCAACUGGGAACAACAGCAGUAGCACGCUGCCACUGGACUCUAGAGCAGUGGAGACGUGUUCUCUGGAGUGACCAGUCACACUUUUAUGUCUGGCAAUUCGAUGGACAUGUCUGGGUUUGGGGGUUGCCAGGAAAAUGAUACUUGCUUGACUGCAUUGUGCCAAGUGUAA